AUGGGUGCAAAAAGUCGCUAUGUAAUUGUUCGUCUUGCAAGUGUCAUCUCUGGUACUACGCGAAUUUGGGUGAGAGAGAGAGCUGCUGAGAAAUCCUCUGGCAUCUUCUUUGAUCCAGCAAUCGGUCGUGAAGUACUGUUUGAAGAGAAGGAGAAGGUAAAGGGAAAGGUUAAUCUAUCUGCAAAAAUUAAGAAGAUAUAUGGUAUUGCUUCAUGA